CACCCUCUUCUCGCUUUCUUCUCUCUCUCUCUCUCACGCUCUCGCAGCGACGAUCUGAUUUUGGCUAUAAUCCGUUUAGUAUAUUCUAUUCCAACCUUGGAUUUCCAGACAUUGGGCACUACUUGUCUCUCGUUAUCAUCACCUAGCAUUACCGGCUACAGUACUCAGUGGACUGCUGCGUCUGUCUUCAUCACAUGACUUCUUGGUGUUCCAACUGUCUCUAAUUAUGUCGUGAUUGAUACAGACAGGCGCAUGGCGACUUCCCACACGUACGCAUGUGAAACAUAUGGCCAUGCGGCUCAAAACGAUCAAAAAGGCGGUUGUCUGUGAACGCCAAGCACAACGCUUACGCAUGAGCCUCAUCCCUAUUCAGUCUCAAGACCAAUCAUGGCAGAGCAGCCCAGGGCACCAGUGCUGGACCUACGUACUCAGUAGUUGGUACCUUCCAUAAGCAUGUCGAAAGCAUACGUACACACGCAUAGCUUGAUGAGAAUCAUUGACCUUUUCUUAAAAAGGAGGUGGAGAAUGCUCUUCCCGCCACUGGCUUCGUUAUGAAAGUCCAAAAGGGGCUCGAGCCGCGGGUGAAGAGAACAAACGCCCAAGACGCAAACAUGUUGAUAUCUGUUUCGUUCCCGGCCAAUGUGGACAAUGCUACAGGCCUGCUCGGAUUGUAUCGACUAGGAUUUUUGGAAAGCGCAUGCAGGCUGAGACGAGAUGAAAUGGCUGCUCCAGUUCGUCAUCCCGUCUUUGAUGGUCUUAGCGGUCAGCUCCGCAGAACAGGGAGCCUUCUCGAACAACAAGUCCUACGAUCAGGGAGAAUAUGGAAAUUUUGUGGCGCAACAAUACCAUUCUACGUCAAUCAAGGCUCCACGACCGAAUGUCUAUGAGAAGGCAGGAUCAUGUCCCGAUGAUGGACUCUUGGUCAUGCUCUCGCUUCGGGGGUUUGCUGUCCCUCAAGCGGGGCCCAUGAUCCUGGAUAGCCGUGGCAGUCUGGUUUGGAUGGAUGCGAACUAUGUGCAACCAUAUAAUCUUCAAGUUCAGACGUAUCGUGACGAGCAGUUUCUCACCUUUUGGGCAGGUGAUGAUGGGGUGAAAGGGCACGGUUCAGGACUGUAUUACAUGCUCGAUUCGCAUUACACCCUACGAUACACUCUGACCGGCGGCAACAAUCUCGAUGGUGAUCUACACGAAUUCUACCUCACUCCGAACGGAACCGCUCUGAUUACUAUCUACCAUAUCGUUCCUGCGAACCUAACUUCCGUUGACAAACCUGCUGACGGUUGGAUAUGGGACGGCAUAUUCCAAGAGAUUGACAUCGAGACUAACCAGGUGCUUUUCUCCUGGGCAGCUUCCGAACACCUCCCUUUCACCGACUCGCAGUGGCGUCCUGACAACCUCGGCUUCACAAAAGAUAGUGCUUGGGACUGGUUCCAUAUGAACAGCGUGGAGAAGGAUCCAAAAGGGAAUUAUCUGAUCUCAUCGCGCUGGAUGCAUGCCAUAUACUAUAUCGAUGGUGGAUCCGGGCAGAUUCUGUGGACGCUAGGUGGCAGGAGCAAUGAUUUCGAAGACUUGUCGCAUGGUCGAGCAAUAAGCUUCGCCUCGCAGCAUCACGCUCGCUGGCACGACAAGUAUAGUUCGAUUACAUUGUUCGAUAAUUCCAACCCGGGCCCCGGCCAACCCAGUUCUGGGAUGUGGCUUGAUCUUGAUUUUGAGAACUGGACGGUCCGUCUCCGCACGCAGUACCUCAGCAAGCUACGUAUGAGUUCAUCUUCUCAAGGGUCCAUGCAGACGCUACCGAGCGGGAAUGUGCUGGUCGGAUAUGGCGCAGACGCGCAGUACGUCGAGUUCACGCGUGCAGGGGACAUUGUGUGCGAAGUCCGUCUGAUGCCGUCUUCGCAAUUCGGAACGGGGGCUGCACAGUCGUAUCGGGUUGCUAAGCACGCCUGGGUGGGUUUACCUUUGACAGAGCCUGAUAUCGUGCAGCAGAACGGAGUUAUCUAUGUUAGUUGGAAUGGUGCCACGGAGGUGCGGUACUGGAUGGUGGAAGAUGGCACGUUCGAGAAUGCGACCCACACAGAUUUUCGAGAGGCAUUUCGCGUGCCCAAGGAAGGAUUUGAGACCAUGGUGUUUACUCUGGGCAUCCAAAGAGAGUACGUAAGAGUUGCCGGGCUCGACCUGUCAGGCAAUGUUCUGGGGAGAAGUAGGACUGUCCUCCGCGGAAAACCCACAGGGCCUCCUGAUGGUGAGACGGAAGAGCGAGAUGAGGAAUUAUUGAGCCUGAAGCGGGCGCAGAAGAAGUUGAAGCGACUUGUUGUUGUCUCCUCCACCUUGGCUGGAGCUAGUAUGCUGAGCCUCUUAAUCUCUGCUGGGAUUGGGGCGUGGCACUUGCGAAAGUAUUAUCACUACGACAGGGUGAGUGAUGGGGAACAGAAAGAGCUGACAAUAUUCAACCCGGAGCUGGACACCGACAAGCCGUGACAUCUGUAUUGGCAUUGAACCAACUCUGGAAGGAAAAAAAUUGGCGGCAAAGUAUCCAGCACCAGGCAGUGGUCCUCCAGGCCAACUCCGUCCCGUGCGAUGUUGUCUCAGUCGAGGAGAACUCUAGGAAGAGCAGGGGGUAGGGAGGAGGAGUUGUGAGAUAUCCCCUUUGUCGAAGGUUGAUGAUAAAGAAUCUGUCUGUCACGACAAGAGUUAGGUCGACUACGCCAGCACCAAUCGUAUCACCAGUCAGAGCGAAAUGGUAGACGUGAAACUCAUACAAGAGACCGCGGCCGCUGAUGUAGGCUGAUUUAACAGUCCUGUAGGGCACCCUGCGAGACAUAUGGCGGUACUUGCCGCCCGUUACUCACGAGCAUAUCGCAACUCGUCACCUCGUGGUAUCUAGGGUCGAGACAUGCGGGACCAGGACGUACAUUUCAUGGUUUCCUGUGUACUGUUUUGUCAGCGGCACGCAGGAAAGCAAAACAAAGCCGCUAUCAAUAGGGAUACGACGGGUUUGAUCUCUUUCAAUAUGAGGUGGUCAGCCAUCCAUAUCCAUGUCGCCUUUCGCUUCACCAGUGUCACUACAAGUGCGGGUUUCUUGACAAGCGGAAGUAGCAGAGGUGAUGUUGAUGAGAAGCCUUAUUCUACUCGACUAUUGAUCACAAUCGACCAUGCGUCUAAGCACCACAGCCUCACCAGUCGACAGGACAAGGAUGAGUAUAUAACGUCAAGGCUAACUUGAUCCUCUCGACAUGAUACAGGUCCCUACGAGGGAAAACUUUCGCCCAUUGUAAUACAAUAAACAUACUCACAGAUUGUUGAAGAGACCUUCAAUUAGCGGCUCAAGUCUCCACUCAGAAUCCAAGGAAACGUCCAGAGUGAUGAACGAAAAAAGAGCAAAGUAGGCCGCAAUCACUAAUAGCUACCAGGAAAUAUGGAAACCCCCCCCCCUCUCUCCCCAAAUUUGACAGGUGUUUGGUUGUCUGGGAAUGUUGGAUGGACGCGUCAACAAGUGUCGUGGCCAUAUCUCUGCCCGAACACAAAGUUGUUGCGCUUAAUGGACAUGCCAAAGGCGCCUCGUUGGAAAAUUACUUCGGGCCAAGGCCGAAAGCCACCACAAAGUCGUCAUCCGAUGUGUUGACAAUCCCCUCAACACAUGGGAGUGGGUAUGUGUGCCUGUUGAACAAAACAGGCCGAAGUUGAGGCGCAUGGACGGGUCUACUGCAGCUCUGCUGGACCAUCCCACAAACGCAGAGAAGGCUCACUCCGUAGAGAGUGCUGAUACGCCAAUUGUAUUUUUACUGUCAGUGUAGAGUCCGGCGAUGACCAAACGGUUCCUGACUAGGUCGAUGGCAGUACUGGGCGACUAUGAGAGCUCUGGUGUAGAUUGACUAACGACAAGUAA